UUCACUCCUUCCUUCGCAAUGUCAUUUGCGACCUAUGCCUCCCAAUUCUUGAAGCAGGGCUCAGCGUCGACAUCGAAUACCGCUCAGCCUCUAUUCUUCUCCUUCACCACGGACGAGGCGUCAGUCCAGCUCGAUGAUGCUGACGACCCCCAUUUCGGCCGAUACAGCCACGAUGCACCAGAGGAAGCAGAGGACCCAUAUCUGAGACUAGACGACGAUGAAGAGGGUGGUGGGGAGGGCAAUGUUGGGUAUAUUGAGGACGAUGAGGAGGAAGGCGGUUGGCUUGCAAAUCAACGGACCCCCGAAGCAGUUCACAGACCCCUCCUGCCGCAACGGACGACCUCUCCACCGACCAAUCAUGCCCCACAACAGCCUCAAUCCCUCUCUCUCGGUCUAUCUGAAUCCCUACUCCCCAGAACGGAGCCGCAUGCUUUCCAUCUACCCUAUUCCAGACGACGGAAACCCCAGCCAAACGCCUACGCGGCGGCCACAUUUCUAUUUGGCUACACGGCUCUUUGCGUAUGCGCUAUCAUAUCCCUUGUUCUGGCCAACUCUCCGGAAGAACGACCGCCACCAGCAUUGUUACACACUAUUCCGUUAUUGACGUUCCUCACGAUUCUUUCCGCUAUCUUGGCAUACAUCCAUCUCGCACUACUCAGGGCAUUCCUUCGUCCAGUGUUGCUUAUAUCGGCACUCGCACCUCCUUUCGCCCUCUUCCUGUCAGCUAUCAUCGCAUUUGCAGGCUCAUUCAGUGCUGGAGCCGGUUGGGGUCUUCGUUUGUUCGCCCUUGUGCCGCUUGCGCUAGCCGUCAUCAGCGUGAGGCGUUUACCCGAGGAGUUGCGGAGGGCAGCCCGUUCUCCAGCCCUUCUCUCAAUCUCAGCACGCAUCUUGUUUUUCCGAGCACCACUCUUGCUUGUUCUGUCGCCCCUGAUUCUUCUGGUCGGACUCAUUCUCAGUCUCCCAAUACUCACCCUCCUCGUCCGCCUUCCCCUCUCCCACUCAUGGUACAUGCAACUGGCUAGUGUAGUUGUCGCCGCUUGUGCAUUACACGUCUUCUUCGUUGCCCGCUCCAUCCAACGAAGUCUUGUCGCCGGUGGAAUUGGCGCAUGGUAUUUCCGGUACUCCAUUCCAGCGGGAGCGCCAAACGAUGUCUGGAAUACGGGCUAUCCGGAACUCGACAGCCAUCUACGUAUAAUCCACGCUGCUCUCCUUCGACCUCUCGGCCCAAUCGUGCUUUCUGCGCUAUUCUCGCUCAUCCUCUCCACACUCUCCAUUGUUCAAGUAGUCUUGUACUGGCUUCCCCUCGCCCUCCCGUACCGCUUUAUUGCUCUAUUUGCCGAUAUAGCGCUUUCCAAGGUCCAUGCUUUGGGUGAGCGGAUUGGUGGGGGUCGAUAUACUGGAGUCUAUUGUGGCUUGACUGGCGCGAGCUUCUGGGAUGGUGUCAGGGGUGUUCGUGACCUCCGCUCGAGUGGGUCAGAGCGUGCCGUCCCGUCUUUGCCCCUUCCCAGGCCAUAUACGCUGGCCCUGCCGUUUGCGCUAGUUGCGUAUUUACGCACAGCGGGAGACCGUGAUGGACAAGAAGGCAUUAGUUAUAUUGAACAGCAACGCGCUGCUGUGGUUGCUGCUGUCCUGGCUGGUCUCGUUUGCGCCGCUGUCAGUGUAUUCUGUGCGGGAGUGGUUAGAGACAGCGCUGACACUCUUUAUGUGUGCCAUCUCAUCGAUCGCGCGGCCGAUAAACGGCCUGAACAAGGAGACGAAGAACGAGAAGCAGUCUGGGGCUCCUUUGACCCCAGUCCCCCCAACCCGCCGCAAGACGCCGAGGCUGCAAUUGGACUGCCGCUGCCCAUCAACUUCAAUUUCGGAGGUCUUAAUCUUGGCGGGUUGUUUUCGACCGCUGGCCCAUCAACGGCCACCGAACAAGGAGGACGGGGAGAAGAGCCUGUCUAUGCGCGGUUGCGGAGGACAAGUCUAAGCCAUGGAGACGAUAUGCCGCCCAGCAGACCGCCGCCGGCGUCACGUGGCUUCCGGCCGCCUUCCAAGGACUUUUCCAGCGCCAGUGCGGCCGUGCGGAAUUAUUCGCCUCCUCCCCGUAUUCCGUCGGUGCAUAGCAGCAUUCAGCGCCAAGAGUCGCUGCAUUCGGGCUCCGCCGUUUUGCCCGGAACGGCGUCGCGUGACUCUGAUGAUGUGGAUUCGCUCGACUCCAACUCGGAAGGACGCGGCGGCGAGAGCUCGUCUGCGUUCCCCGGAAGUGGGUUCUUCUAA